UUCGAUGGGGUGACCCUGGUGCACCAGCUGCAGUUCACACACGCCUAGGAUGGACACUUCAGGGUCCUAUACCUUCUAUGGGGUGUCCCCCUACCACACGGCAAUGUCUGCUAACCUCUAUUGCUCCAAUUCAGGAUGAACUCCUUCAGAACGUUCAACGACUGUGGCAGUUGGAUACGGUCCCACAGUGGGAGGGAAAAGAGGUAACCCGGUCCAAGCAGGACCAGGAGGCUCUUCAGCUGCUGGACGGUAAGACUGUCACCCUGGAAAUGGAGGGAAUCAAUCGGUUGGCAACACCCCUACUGCGGCGAAAGGACAUGCCUUCGUUGAAUGCACCUAAAGAAUCAGUCCUACCUACCCUUCGCAGUGUAGAGAGGCGUCUGCUGAAGGAGCCUGUAAAAGCUGAGGUCUACAAAGAGGAGAUGAGGAAACUCAUUGAGACGGGAGCUGUUAGGAAGAUGUCUGAUCCUAUACCUGAUUCACAUGAAUGCUGGUACAUCCCUCACCAUCUCGUGAGUCACAAUGGGAAGUUCCGCCUUGUCUUUAACUGCUCCUAUCAGUAUCAGGGACAAAACCUUAAUCAGUACCUCCUGCCAGGACCCACCCUCGGGGCCUCACUGUUGGGUGUCCUUAUCCGUUUCAGAGAACAUCCUGUGGCAGUAAGUGGGGAUAUUAAGGCGAUGUUCCAUCAGGUUCGCCUUAUACCUGAGGACCGUCCUCUACUCCGUUUCCUUUGGCGGGACCUGAAGAUGGAUGAGGCACCCAGAAUUCUUGAGUGGCAGGUAUUACCCUUCGGCACAACCUCCAGUCCGUGUUGUGCUACCUAUGCACUACAGCGUCACGUGAGGCAACACCCCCUAACGGAUGAGGCAACCCAGUUUUCAGUGGAGAGGUGUUUCUAUGUCGAUAACUGCCUGCAGAGCCUUCCUACUGCAGAUGAAGCUCGGAACUUGAUUGAUCAACUACGAAAUAUCCUUUCCGGAGCUGGAUUCGAAAUUCGCCAAUGGGCCUGCAAUGAUCCUACUGUGCUGAGUCACCUACCUGCCCACGCCCGUGCUGCAAGUGUGGAGCUGUGGUUGACACAGGAGAAGUCGGACAUCCCUGAAUCGACGCUGGGUCUGAGCUGGAACUGGCAGACGAAUUUACGUGAUUUAUGA